UGAGAUGAUAAAAGACUUGGGUGAAAGACCCAUCCCUACCGAACUCCAAACAAGCUCAUUAACUAACCUCUGCUGUACACCAUUUACCUCACCAGGCCAUAUUCUCUACUCAAUUCAAGUUUAACUCAUCAUUUUGAUGCACAAACAAAAACAAUCAUGAUGGUUGAGUCAGUUGUGUCCUUUACAGUUGAAAGGCUUGGUGACCUACUAAUUGAAGAGGCAAAUUUGUUACAUGGGGUAAGUGACCAAAUAAAAAAAUUGCAAAUUGAACUAAAGAGGAUGCGAUGCUUCUUAAGAGAUGCUGAUAGAAAGCAGGGUGAAGGUGGUGAGACUAUGAAAAAUUGGAUAUCCGAGAUCAGAAAACUAGCUUACGAUGCUGAGGAUGUGAUUGAAAUUUAUGCCAUCAAAGUUGCAGCUUCAGGUUCAAUGAUUCCUUUCUACAAACUAAAACAUGCUCACAAAGUUGGAAAUAAGAUUAUAUCUAUUAAUUCUCAAAUAUCUGACAUUACAAGAAGUUUACAAACGUACGGUUUAACCACAACAACAACAAGAGACAAUGAAGAAUCACACUUUGCAUUGGAGACACAAAGACAAUUAAGAUGGUCUUAUUCUCAUGUCGCGGAAGAGUUCAUUGUAGGGUUGGAUGAGGACAUAAAGCAAGUGGUGGAAUGGCUAAUAAAUCAAGAAGAUCAACAUUGUCAAUUGGUUUAUAUUUGUGGAAUGGGUGGCCUAGGUAAAACAACACUUGCUAAAAAUGUUUAUCAUUAUAGUUCCAUUAGGAGACACUUUGAGGGUUUUGCUUGGGUCUAUGUAUCUCAACAAUGCAAAAAAAGAGAGGUUUGGGAGGGAAUUUUACUUCAGCUAAUUAAUUCCCCUACCAAAGAAGAGAGAGAUGAGAUUAGGAACAUGAGAGAUGAAGAAUUGGCUAAAAAGUUGUACAAAGUACAACAAGAGAAAAUGUGUUUGAUCAUCUUGGAUGAUGUAUGGAGCAAUGAGACUUGGGAUAUUUUAAGUCCAGCUUUACCAUUGAAAAGUACCAAGAGUAAGAUAGUUUUCACGUCUCGCAAUAAAGGCAUCUCAUCUCAUGUUGAUCCCAAAGGCUUGCUUCAUGAACCUGGGUUCUUAAGUGCUGAACAUAGUUUGGCAUUGUUUCAGAAGAAAGCUUUUCCAUCAAAAGAUGAUCCAGAGUUCACAAUUUGCAGUGACUUUGAAAGAUUAGGCAGAGAUAUGGUUGCAAAAUGUGCUGGUCUGCCUUUGGCUAUCAUUGUCCUUGGAGGGCUUUUGGCUACAAAGGAAACAAUCAAUGAAUGGGAAAAAAUACAUAAAUAUAUAGCUUCAUACCUAAUAAGAGGAGAUGUACAUGAAAGACAAUCAAGAUUAGCUGAGGUAUUGGACUUAAGUUACUAUGAUUUGCCUUAUCAACUGAAACCAUGUUUUCUCUAUUUAAGUCAAUUUCCUGAAGACUUUGAGAUACCGAAAAAUAAAUUAAUUCAGUUGUGGAUGGCAGAAGGUUUUGUUUCAUCUCAAUAUGAGACCGAAAGGGGUGAAACAGCGGAGGAUGUUGCCGAGCGAUACCUCAGUAGCUUAAUUAGUCGUUGCAUGGUUCAAGUUGGUCAGAUAGGGUCUACUGGGAAGAUUAAAACUUGUCGACUCCAUGAUUUAAUGCGUGAUAUGUGUUCGUCAAAGGCUAGAAAGGAACAUUUUCUAUAUGUUAUUGGUAGAUCACAACAAAAUAAUAGCAUUAACAAUGUAUCAUCUUCGUCGUCGUCAUCAUCAUCACCAUCUAAUAUAUUAAUCGAUGCAAGAAAUAACGGUGGAGUUCGAAGGCUUGCUCUCUUCUUGGAUCAACAUGUUGAUAAAUUGAUUCCAUUUCCACCUAAUGAGCUAAAGAAUCAUCAACAUCUUAGAUCUCUUGUAUAUUUUCAUGAUAAGAAAUGCAGAGUGGAAAGCUGGAAACUACUUAAAGAUGUUUUUGAGAACUUCAAACUACUUAGAGUUCUUGAUCUUGAAGGAGUUAAAGGGUCAAAGGGACAAUCGUUGCCAAAAGAAGUGGGAAAUCUGUUAUGGUUGAAGUUUUUGAGUCUGAAAAGAACUCGCAUACAAAUUCUUCCGUCUUCAUUAGGAAAAUUGGAAAAUCUGCAGAGCCUAAAUUUGCAAACCGUUGAUAAAGUAAGCUGGGAUUCUACCGUGGAAAUUCCAAACAUUAUAUCGAAGAUGAAACGUUUGAGACAUUUAUAUCUUCCUAAUUGGUGUGGAAAUGUUUCUGGUAUCAUGCAACUUGAAAAUCUGAUCAACUUACAGACACUAGUAAAUUUUCCAGCUAGUAAAUGUGAUGUUAAAGAUUUGUUGAAACUGAAAAAGCUCAAAAAAUUAGUACUAAAUGAUCCAAGGUAUUUUCAAAAGUUCACUGAAAUUUUCAUUCCAAAUAAAAAGUUGGAAUGCCUGGAAUCAUUGUCCUUAAAAACUGACAUGCUUUCCUUCCCUGAUCAAGUAGUAGAUGUUGAAAACUUGGUGCUAGGUUGUCCUUCUCUUCAUAAACUACAUGCAGAAGGGAUAAUGGAAAAGCUUCCAAAAGCUCAACUAUUUCCACCCCAUCUUUCAAAGUUAACUUUGUGGGGUUGUAAGCUUGUGGAAGAUCCUAUGGUAACAUUAGAGAAGCUUCUUAAUUUGAAGUACCUAAGUUGUUGGGAAAUGUUUGUUGGAAAGAAAAUGGUAUGCUCAUUAAAUGGUUUUCGUAAACUUGAAGUUCUAGUGAUACGCGGCUUUCGUAAUUUAGAGGAAUGGGUGGUAGAGAAUCAUGCCAUGCCUUGUCUUUAUAGACUGAGUAUAUGUGAUUGCAACAAGUUAAUGAGUGUUCCUGAUGGACUCAAAUUUGUUGAUGGUUUGAAGGAAUUAGAGAUCACAUGGAUGCCUAAAUUAUUCCAGACUAGGCUUGGAAUUGAUGGAGAGGAUUAUCAUAAAGUCCAACAUGUGCCAUCCAUUGUAUUUUUCAACUAGACAUGCAAUUUGAAAUCAUUGAAGACUUGGUACAACUUCUUGAUGAGUGCAACGCUGAUGAAGAUUGUGGAGCUGGACUCUACUGUUCUUCAUGUGCAUUUGGAUUUUCAGGGUCUAGAUGUGUGAGAUCAUCUAUUACAGAUCAAUUCAAACUCCUU